UCUUUGACCAUGUUGGGUCAUUCAGUUUUAUUAAAAAGUAUUCUAAACCUUCUUUCUGCCUGAUCUUUUAUUUUGGUGACACUCCAAGAUAAUCACUGACCCCCAUUUAACCCUCUUUCAAAACUUCCUGGAUACACCCCUGCUCAGCAGGAGGCAUUAAUAUGAAGGCGUGGGUACCUGUUCAGUAUUUUUGAAUAUAAUGCACUAAAUUAAACUAACUGAAGGCUUAAACACUGCAGGUAAAUAUUGUUAUUUCAAACUCUUGUUUGCUCAUUUUAAUUACAUUUGCAGGUUAGGAACUUCAUCGAGAGAGAUGAAUGUAUAGGACAUCUAUGCUCUCAGUUUCAUGGCUUGUUUUUAACCACAAAUGAGAAUGGAUGGUCAGAUGAAGCGCAUGCCACUGCGUGUGAUACAUGAGGAGCUCCACAGAUCCAUAAAUCCGUGCGGGAUGGAAUGGAUGACGAGAACUAAAACCAAAUUCAAUAAUUAGACUCUGGUGUUUGUCAGAUUAACUCUUUCCUGCAAGAGUUUGAGGCGGUGCGCCUGCGCGUGUGGAAGCACGUUGAUAGGCUAAAGAUGACAUCACCCAUAGCUGCUCUAUUUUUGGAAAGAGGAUGAGCUCAUCACUUAGAAACAGAGCAGAGUCAGAGGAGCCAGUUUCCAGGCAGCUGCUGCAGACUGUGAGUUUGUUCAUCAGCCUGCAAACAGAGAGGAGGCUUCUGCUGCUUCAAGAGGAAGACGCUCCACACACAAUGGUCUGGUCCCGAGAGGCAGAGCGACCCCAGCUGUCCGUAAUCCUGCCGUGGCUCUACCUCGGAGCUGAGCGCGACGUGACGCAGGAUCGACUGGCCUCUCUGGGUAUUUCCUACGUGUUGAGUGUGAGCCGCUGCAGCCCCCAGCCAUCUUUUCUGCCUCGCUCCAGAUUCCUGCGCAUUCCCAUCGAUGACUCCCUGUGGGACGACCUGCUGCCCUGGAUCCCCCAGGCUCUCAGCUUCAUAGAUUCAGCCAUGUCCUCUGGGGCCUCGGUGUUGGUGCACUGUGCUGCAGGAAUCUCCCGCUCCCCGGCUCUGGCUGUGGCCUACAUCAUGUACAGCCUGGAAAUGGACCUGGACCAUGCCUACAGAUUUGUAAAAGAGCGUCGGCCCUCCAUUUCCCCAAACUUCAACUUCCUGGGUCAGCUGCAGCACUUCCAAGGCAUCCUGAACCAGAAGGCAUCCAGCUGUGAUAUGACCAGGCAGCAGCAGGAGAAUCAGCAGCUGUCCACAAAGGACAGAGGGACCAGAUUACUGUGCAGUCAGAACAGGAACCACUGUGUCCACACCACCACAGAAGACUCAAUAAUUCAGAUGAGAAAAUCGCCCUUCGAUGACGGUGGUAACAAGCGAGGACCUUGGACCUUUGACCUGACAGUGUGUCAAAACCAACAAUGUAACCAAAAGCCAUGCGACGCUUCAGCAUCGAGCCUCUGUGAGUCCAGAGAACCUCUACCAAAACAACUACAAUUCCCAUCAGGUUGUACUUCUCUCCUGGAGAAGCGUAAAAGCCUCACGCUGUCGUUGACGCCCUUGGGAUUCUGCCCGCCCUCUUUGGCGAGCAGCCACCCACAAUCAGUGGCGAAAGCGUCCCCAGUCCACAGCGUCCCCCACCCAGAGCGGAGUCCCCGUCUCGGUGGGUGCAGCAGAGCUGAAGAGAAGGAACGACGCCUGUUAUCGCCAUCCAGCAUUACUCUGAACAAGCUGUUUGACUGGGGGGAAAGAGUGCUGCUGGGGUUGGUCCACCCGGUGAAGAUGGGACAGCCGGCACUGCCCUAUAGGUGCUGAGGUUGCAGAGUGGAGCGACACCUGACCAGUUCUUGUGCAUGUUCAUCAGAACAAAAGUGACAACACAGGAUUUACAGAAAUACUGAAGGAAACCAUUGUCUUCUAUUUAUAUAUUUAUUGAAGAGUUGAUUCUAAAAACUGUUCUUGUUAAGCACUUCUUGGUACAUACUAACAGUCAACAGCUCAUGUUUUGCUUUGUAAGAUGCUGCAGUUUUGAAAUGUCUGUGGCGCAACAUCUUGAAAUAAACAAAAGAUCACACUGAAACCCAAUCUUGUUGCAUGUUUGUAUUAGUGUAAAAACUUAAGUUUGCAUCAUCAGCAGCUCAAAUAUCGUUUCAAUCUGGGGGGGUUUCAUGGUGAUUUUCGAGGUACAAAUGUUAAUUCAAUUACUUCUAGGCAAUAAAACAGAAACAGAAAAUGUCAACCACCACAAAGAUAGGCUUUGACAUGUAAUAAGACAAACACUAAAUGUGGUAUGAGGGGUCUGCUGGUAUUCAAUCUUCUUUACUACUGUAUAUGUUCUCUGGACUUGACCUGCUGAAUGUUCUGCUUGUUUUAAAACAUAUUGACAUUUUUAAAGACUUGCUAAUGAAAUUUGUUCUUCAGUAUCUUGCUAAUUCAGAAAGUGUUAACUCAAAGUCCUGCCAUUCUGAAGUGAAUAUAAAUCUUGUUAUAUGCUUGGUACUUAUUUUAUUUAUAAAAAUAAAAGUUUGCAUUUUAAUUACACCAGACUUUUAUUCUGAAGCCAAAUUAUGAAAAUUAUUGAAAUCACUCAAAACAGAAAACGUAUGUUAGAGCUCUAAAUUUAAUGCUGUUAUGCCUGUUCAAAAUGAAACUAAUAUUUGGUGAAAUGUGCUUUACCAAGCUGCAAAAGCAACAAAAAAAAACAAGUUCCUGAAAGCUGUCUACAUUGAUCACUCUUCUUUGAAACAGCAGUUCAAUUCAGUGUAUUUAUAUAAUACCAUUUCACAACAAAUGCCAUUACAGGGGACUUUACAAAAAA